GCCAAGAAUCUCAUUCGAUUGCUCACCUGAUCGGCUUCCAUCCAUUUGAGCGAGUUGCGGUCCAAUCAGACGAUCAGUUAGUCGUGUUAAUAAAAGUGAACUCGUGGAACAAGAUUAUAAUCUUGUUCCACAGAAGGGACACAGAAGAAUAUGGAUGCAUGCGAAGAGGAGCGGCUACUAGGAUGCCAGCGAUCGGACUGGAGAAGAAAAUCAUUUUCCCGUCGACCUUUUGAGAAGAGGCUUUCUAUAAUGGUCGGAUUUUAUGUAACUGCGAAACUUUGCAACAAGAUAAUACUGAUAGUAGUAUGUAAUAGAAUUUCGUUUCGACUCCACUCGCAAGUACAGACCCACGUUUGUUGGUCCCAGGUGUUCAGUGCUGGGCAAGCAAGCAUUUUUCUUUAUCGAAAUGCUGACCGCCAUGAAUCGCAUCGCAUCACGUGAUUGAAUGAAUGAAUAGAAUCGCCAUUACUGAUCUUCUCUUCUUUUUCUUCUUUUCAUAAAAUCCUCGUAUCCGAUCUUCUUGACCUAAGUCACUUAUUUGACAGAUCGGACUCGGAACUGUCAACUAUCAGUCCUCGUUGGCAUUUGAAACCUAACUUCGUAGCGAAUUAUACAUUUAAGUUUUCCACUAUUAAUGAUCAUAGAUUUGCUUUUUGACACAUCAAUCUCGAUCCCGACAGAGUGAUGGCUGUUUCAGAAUCACAUGCAGAAAAGACAGACAGAAAACUAUUCGCACUCACCGAGUAGAUCCUGAUCACCGACCUGAGAUCCAGUAUCUUGCACAGUAGCGUAAGAAUUGGUCAUGAACGCCGAAGUGUGAAAUUGGG